CUCAGAAUUGUAUAGUGCGAUAUAUCGACUGCUCUGUUCGACCAUCCAAACUUCGUUAAAAAGAAAAAAAUAGGAUUUUUAAGUUUAGGUAAGUAAGUCCCCAACGACAAAACAAUAGAAAUAAUAAUUGUUCAACGCAAGUUACCAGUAUACCCAUAGCUGUAUAAAAACAAAAAAAAUUGUAGACAUGUCGAAAUUUGGCUACGGAAACUUUGCAAUGCUCAAGUUCUUGGAGGCUUACAAGGAGCAGCCUUGCUUGUACGACCCCAAAAUGGAUAACUACAAGAACCGUAUGGCCCGCGAGAAGGCCUACGCUGCGAUGAUCGAAAACCUCAACUCUCCAAAUAUUUCGAUCAAAGAUGUCAAGCGGAAAAUCAAGAGCAUUCGCACCGUCUACACCAAGGAGUUGGGCAUUCGCAGGUGCUUCGCGGAGAAGGGCAGGCCCUACGAAACGAAGCUCCAGUGGUUCCGUGUGGCCGACACCUUUCUAAGAAAGGUAUCGAAUUCGCAUCCCAGAAACCGCAAGAAAACGCCAACAAAGAACUUAGCAGCACUCUUCGACUCCAAUACAGACAUUAGUACGAGCGAGGAUGCCAUAGAACAGGAUGACAGCUUUGUAGAAUCCAUUGAGCAAAUUUCUGUGGCGCCGUCCACUCUCAAUGCCUUCCGCACACAGAAGACUUCCACGCCAAAUUGCAGCGCACGACCAUUGUCAUUCGAGCUUACUAUUGAUAAUUCCAUUUCAGUGGAUAACUCAAAGGUGGAGGAGGAAUGUUCGAGCCAAAGCCCACCCAUUUUCAGGCCUUCAGGAGCUGAACUAUACCGCACCGUUCAGUCGGAUUCGGAGCGGCAGGACGAUCCAUCAGCACCAGCAGCACAAGAACCACUAGCACCACCACCACCACCAUCAGUUGUGUCAGGGGCAAUUGUCGCUUCGCAUCCCGAUGAUGAUUUUACGCACUUUGCCCUAGGCAUUGCCUCGCAGCUGCGGAAGAUACCCAAUCCGGCCGCCGUCGCAUGGGCCAAGGUGCGCAUGCAGCAAGUUGUCUACUCCGCCGAGACUGGAGCCAUGGAAAGCUCCGCAAGGAACUUUUCAAGGGACCCAAAUUUCGUAUCUCCGGUCUAG